AUGGCCCCAAAGGACGCCCAGAGCAUCAUUGCUGAGCUCAAGCAGCCCCCUCCGCCAGGCUCCCCCUACGGUGUGCCUGUUCCUGGCACCGAGCGCCCCGGGCGCAGUGUUGUCUACCGUCACUGGAAGUUCCGCGACCAACCAUUGAUGUCCACUCUCGAGCCCGAAGUCCAAACCCUCCACGAUGUCUUCGAAAGUGCCGCGCGCCAAUACCCCAACAAUCGGUGCCUAGGCAGCCGCCCGUGGAACCCUGCCACGCGCUCCUGGGCUGACAAGUACGAAUGGUCAACAUACGCUGAGACGGCGCAGAGGAGGAAGAACUUGGGUGCCGGUAUCGUGGAGAUCCACAAGGCGGCUGGAAUCAUGACCGACAAGUACGGUGUUGGACUCUGGUCCCAGAAUCGUGCCGAAUGGCAGCUCACGGACCUCGCGCUCACUGCGCAGGGCCUCUACACCGUAUCGCUGUAUGAGACUCUGGGGCCCGAGACUUCGGAGUACAUCAUUAACCACGCCGAGCUUUCUUGCGUCGUGUGCUCGCUGCCGCACAUCCCCACGCUUCUCAAGAUGGCAUCUCGCCUGCCGAACCUCAAACUGAUUGUGUCCAUGGACUCACUGGACGCCGGUGAGAUGGAUGCCAACUCCAAGGCCGCUCUGCUGAACCAGCUGGCUUCCGAACACGGCAUCAAGGUUCUGUCCCUGCCCGAGGUGGAGGAGAUUGGCGCGCGGUCUGGCCGCGAAUUCCGUCCUCCAGUCAGCUCCGACUUCUGCACCAUCAACUACACGUCCGGAACGACGGGUGCGCCCAAGGGCGUUGUCCUGACGCACCGUGCUGCUGUGGCCGCCCUCGCGUCAGGCCGUACUGGCGGUCAGAUGGGCCCCAAGGACGUGCACAUGUCCUACUUGCCCCUGGCGCAUAUCUACGGGCGCAUGAUCGAUGGCAUUGCAUUGGCUGAGGGUGCUGCCAUUGGCUACUUCCGUGGCGACGUUCUGGGCCUGGUCGACGACAUGAAGAUUCUCAAGCCCACUGGCUUCAUCUCGGUGCCUCGUCUGUUCAACCGGUUCAACUCGGCCAUUCGUGUAGCGACCGUGGAGGCCCCCGGCCUUAGAGGUGCGCUCUCGAACCGCGUCAUCUCUGCAAAGAAGGCGCAGAUGAAGCAGCCCGUCGGCAAGGCUUCCAACAAGCACUUCCUGUACGACCGCAUCUGGACGCCCAAGGUCAAAGCCGCUGUUGGGCUCGACAGGGUCCACUCCAUGAUCAGCGGCAGUGCGCAGCUGGAUCCCGAUGUGCAGGAGUUCCUCCGCGCCGCCUUCGCCAACGACUUCAAGCAGGGCUACGGCAUGACCGAGACAUAUGCCGUCGGCACCAUCCAGUCCACAGGCGAUUUCACCACGGGCAACAUUGGUGCGCCCAUGCCAUGCAUGGAGAUCUGCCUCGAGUCCGUCCCCGAGUUCAACUACAGCGUUGACGACAAGCCGAACCCCCGCGGUGAGCUCCUGCUGAGGGGACCAGCGCUCUUCAGCGAAUACUACAAGAACGAGGAGGAGACGAGCAAGACGAUUGAGGCUGAUGGGUGGUUCCACAGUGGAGACAUUGCGGAAAUCGACAAGCUGGGCCGGGUCAAGAUUGUCGACCGCAAGAAGAACGUCCUCAAGCUGGCACAGGGCGAGUACAUCUCCCCGGAGCGCAUCGAAAACGUGUUCCUGGGCAACACCCCUGUCGUGGCCACGGCGUUCGUGCACGGCGAUCCCAAGGAGUCCACCCUGGUGGCCAUCUUUGGCAUUGAUCCCGAGAACUUUGCGCCCUUCGCCAGCAAGGUCACCGGGGAGAAGAUUGCCCAGACUGACACGGCCGCUCUCAAGGCGGCUACGCAGAACCCGAAGGUCAGGGCCGCCCUCCUCAAGGUCCUGGAUGGGAUUGCCCGCCACCACAAGUUCAACGGCUUCGAGAAGGUGCGCAAUGUGUAUCUUGACAUUGACCCCUUUACCGUCGACAACGGCCUGAUGACACCUACCCUCAAGACCAAGCGCCCGCUGGUGGUCAAGGCGUUCCAGAAAGAGAUCGCCCAGAUGUACGAGGAACUGGCGGCUCAGGAAUCUCCCAAGACCAAGCUAUAG